AUGAACAGCGAGCCGUCACCGUACAUGGCUGCGCAGCGACUCCGUCCGACGGGGCGCAAGCGGCGACUGACGCUGCUGCCAGAGGCCCCACUGCUCCAGGCGACGAAAGGGUACCUAAUUCCUCUCGCGCACACGGCAACGCCAGUGCUCGUGGCGGUCGAAGGCCCCGAGACGUCGCCGACCAAGCAACCACUGCUCGCACCAUCACCAACGCGAGCCAAGCAGCUCCGAAAGGUGAAGCUCAAGCCGGCGCGGCUGCCCGCUCUUUCGCCGCCCAUCAACAACCACAGCGGCGACCCCGCGACGCCACCGGCCUCUGCCCGCGGACUUCGAGACGCGUCGGCGCUAACAAUUCCGAUUGCACUCUUUUACACGACCGAGUUUCUCGUGGAGCUUGCGAGCACCGUGCACCUCUCGGGCUGGGACGCGCACGAUGCGGACCUUGCGUAUCUGACGAGCCCGCCACCGGAGAAGCGAAAUGCCCGACUCACGCAUCUCUACCUGAGCGAGUGUGGCAGCCUGACCGACGACGGCCUGCGCGCGCUCGGGCAGUUGCCAGCACUUCGCGUUCUCCAUCUCUCCCGCUGCCCACAGCUCUCGGGUAUGGCGCUUCUCAGCGUCGCGGCGACGGUCGUCGAGCUCGACGUGAGCCAUAGCCCAUGGGUGGUCGAUGUUGUCUUUAGUUGUAUCGUGCAGUCGUUUAGUCGGCUCCAGUCGCUUCUCGUCGCGCACUGCAAGCCGUUGACGGACCAAAGCAUGUACGCUCUCAACGAGCGGCCGCACAGCCAUACGCCGCUCACGCGCCUCGACCUCUCGGGCUGCGUCCGGCUCACCGACACGGGAAUCCUCGCCGUCCUUAACUACGCGCCCAAGCUCGAAGAGCUCAAGCUGAACGCGCUGCCGCACAUGGAUGGCGUCACUCUGUACGGCUGCUUGCCGCAGCAGCGUCUCGUCCCAUUGAGUCUGGCGCGUCUCGAGCUCGCGCACGUGAAAAAUUUGCAUUUCGCGAGUCUCCUCAACGUCGCCAAAGGGUGCGGGAAAAAGCUACUCCACCUCGACGUCACGGCCGCGCUGGACGCUAUGACCGACGACGUGCUCGUCGCGCUCGGUCGGUCGUGCCAUCACCUCGAGACGCUCAUCCUUCACGGUUGCGCCCGGCUGACAGACAUGGGCCUGAUGCACCUCGUGCAGUAUAUCCCUGUCGAGCACGAGAUGGACGCCGACUUUACGAGCGAUCGGGGCACCGCUCGGUGCACGCGGCUCCGCCACCUCGACCUCACGGGCUGUUAUCACGUGAGUGCGAAGGGCCUUGUCGUGCUUGGCGCCAACUGCCCGGACCUCCGGAGCCUCGUGGUGUCGGGCCUUCCACGCGCGAUCGACAGCGACGCGGCGAUCGCUCUCGCGCGCCACUGCCGCCACAUGCGCGAGUUCACCGGCGUCGGCAUGCUCAUCGCCACGGACGAGCAGCGGCUCUUUGGCGCACCGCAGCUUCACGCGCGGUCGCUGCGGGCGCUUUUUCUCGAGUCGACGCUCACGCACAUCAACCUCAACAAGGCGAAUGUCAAGAGUGACGACUUGGCGCCCAUUCUGCGCGGGAUUCGGUUCCCGCGCCUGACGCAGCUGCACCUUGGAUCGCUCGUGACCGACGAAGUCUGCAGCAGUCUCUUGAAGAGCGCUUCGCUGCUCACACACCUCAACGUCUCGCGGAGCCGGCAUCUCUCGUCUAACGCGCUCUGCGCACUCCUCUUGACGACACCGCGUCUCCGGUUCUUGGACGCCCAGCACUGCGGCCACGUCGAGAACGCUAUCUGUCGCGUUCUCAUCGACGCGUGCAAAGAGCUCGCCGUCCUCAACAUCGCUGGGAACCCGUAUGUGACCGACGCGGGUGUCGGGCUCUUUGAGCCGGACGACGUCGCCAGAUGCCUCACGAGCUUGAACGUCCAUGGCUGCGGCGCGCACCUCCCGAUCCUUCAAGCCGUGGCCGCCACGCACCCGCGCACGCGCGUGGACCCGCACCAUCUGGCGCUGGUUCCGCGGCCGUUCGAGACUGGCGCGUACCUCGCGCAGGCGCGCCGUGUGCAGCGCGCCGCCGUUGCCAUUGUUCGCUGGACGCAAACAUGCCUCGUGCGAGCACGGCAGCGCCUCUUGCGCCACCAGUUGGCGCGUGCUCGCUUGCGCCACCGAAGUCGCAUGGCGCGGCGUAUCCAGCAUGCGUUCCGGGCGCAGCAAGCGCGACUCGCAACCGCCCGACGCCUUGUCGCGGAAGCCGACGCGCUGGCAAGGACGCGCGAGCGCUCGGCGCGCAUUUUGCAGCGCGCGCUGCGGUCGCAUGUUUUCUAUUGCGCGAUUUCGCGGCACGUUCGACUGCGUCGCGAAGCGGCGGCGUACGCCCGGUACAUCGCCCAAGUCGCCAAAGAGCAGAGUGCGGCGCAGCUGCUGCAGCGCAUGUACCGAGGGCAUCUCGGGCGACGGGCGGCAACGCGACAGCGCGCGGCCAAUGCAGAGCGGGCGCGGCGACGAGAGGCAGGUGCGCGUCUCGUCCAGCGCGUAUGGCGCGGCGCCUGCGGCCGGGCCGCCGCGUCACACUUGCGCGCGAGCACGACCGACGCGAUGACCACGUACAUGCUGAGGAUGCACUGUCACCUCGUCGCGUCAUUGCACGUGACGCGCAUCGUCCGCGGCUUUCUCGGGCGAAAAUGGACCGCGCGCUGGCGCCGACACGUCACCGAGGUCGCGGCCCGACGGCUCGCGGCAGCGCGUACGAUCCAAAAAGCCUUUCGAGCCCACUUUGCAGGGGUCGCCUUUGCCCGCACGCUGCACGGCAGCUCGAGAACGAUCCAGCGACACUGGCGUGGCGUCGUCGGGCGCCGACUCGCGACGCAGUGCGUUCUGCGGGACGCCUACGUCCGUCCCGUGGUGCUCUGCCUCCUCGCGCCCCGAAGCAUCUACCAGCACGCGCUCGGCGAGCGCUGGCAAACCAAGCGCAUGGCGGCGCUGCGUGUCGCCACCGCGCUGCAAAAGCUACUGCGCGGGUGGUACGGCCGUCUCCGCGCGCACUUUGUGUGGAGCUCUUGGCUCGAGCGAGCGUACCGCCAAGAUGUGGCGGCCCGGGUCCUCCAGCGGUGCUUUCACCACAUUGUGCGGCGGAAUCAGCAGGCGCGCGUGCGCGACAUGAUUGUGCACCGCACCACCUGCGCCGUUCAAAUCCAAGCCACGUGGCGCAUGUGGAAGGGCAAACUGCGCUUCUUGACCUUCUUCUUUGGCCGGUCGCGUCGCCGCAAGCACGAUGCGACCCGAGCGCUGUACUGGGACGGCCUCUGCGCCAACGAUAGACAUGCCAAUGCGUGGAGCCGCUUCGUGCUCGUGCAGCGCGGGGCCGUCGCAACGCUCGUGCGCUUUUAUCGGUCGUCUCUCCUAGCACGCGGGUGGCUCUCGCCGUCUGCCCUUCGACAUCGGUACCAGAAGGCGUCCCGUAUCCAAGCGGUGGUCCGAGGGCACCUCACGCGCGCCCGCGUCCGUCUCUACGCCGCGUCGGUUCUCAUCGCGACCCAGACGCUGCAGCGCGCGUGGCGACGCAAGCAGCACUUUAUGCGCUGGCGGGCUCUCACCGAAGCGUCGCGCGAGCGCAAGCGCAAGCGCGACGAGGAAGACCGUGCAGCUGGCAUCGCCAAAGCGCGCACCAACCAGUUUACGGCCGAGACGAUCGACCGCGAUACCAAAGCUGCGAUUUUGCUGCAGCGCACGUACCGCACGUUGCGCCAGCGCGCCUUUUACAAGAAGCGCAUGGACGCCCGCGUGGGUAUCUGGCGAGCGCAGGCCGCAGCCAAGAUCCAAGCGAGCUUGAACAAGCAAAUGGCAGCCGUCGAGUUCCAGGCCGAUGUCUGGCUCGCGGCCAAGAAGCGCGACGUGAAGUUUGUCGAGCCUGCGCUCGAGCUCAACGAAGACGGCGAAGAGUACGCGUCGAUCAUUGCCCGCACAGACGCGAUGAUUCAAUUGGACUUGGAAGAGCAGUGCGAUCUGCUGCGCGAGACACUGGCAAAUCUUACCGAGGACUGCUACCGCGAGUUUUCGACGUACGAGCUCUUGGCGGCCGAAGAGCUCGAGAUCCAAGCCCACAUGCGCUACUUUAACGACGUCAAAGCGCUCAAUUCGCGCUUCCGGGUGGAAACCCAAGCCUUGCUGGAAGCUCAAGUGCCGUUUGCGACACAAGGACGGCAGCUCAUCCUCGAGACAUCGCGGCUCGCGGGUGAGAACCAGCGUCUCCAGCACGAAGUGAUUCGCUUGAACAAGAUCCGAACGACAUUUCAAUCGACGUCGACGGACCGACUCGAGUACGACCCGCUCUUGUACGAGCUCGACAUUGAUCACAUGCUCGCGGCGUUGGAGCCCGAGUGGCAGCCCAACUCGAACGUCGUCCUCUCCGCCGUCACGAAGCAGCUCGAGCGCGAUGCGUUGCCCACCAUUCAGCAAGUCCAUCAGGAUGACGCAGCCUAA